UUUUGUGGGAAGACAAGACACUGAAGAGAGAGAGAGGAGUCGAGGGGGGAGGGUUUUUGGUGAAGGGCUUAAAUCUUGUCUUUCUCUCGGCGCUUCUUCGCAGCAUCAUACUCACGCGGUGCCGAGGAACAAGUUCCUCUUUCUCGCUCUUCCCAUACUACUUCUCAGCUACAUUCUGCUCGUGAAGAUGACCACCGCCAAUGAUCUUUCUACUGGUGUUUCCAAUUGCUAUGUGUUCAAAAGCCGGUUGCAGGAGUAUGCUCAGAAGUACAAGCUCCCAACGCCUAUUUAUGAGACUGUCAAAGAAGGCCCUUCACACAAAGCUUUCUUCCAUUCGACAGUGAUACUGGAUGGUGUCAGAUAUAACUCUUUGCCUUGGUUCUUAAACCGUAAGGCUGCAGAGCAAUCAGCUGCGGAGGUUGCUCUCCAGGAAUUAGCAAAAUCCAGUGACCCAAGCCAAUGUGUUUCACAACCUGUUCAUGAAACGGGGUUAUGCAAGAACCUUCUUCAAGAGUACGCUCAAAAGAUGAAUUACGCGAUUCCAUUGUAUCAGUGCCAAAAGAUUGAAACUCUUGGGAGAGCUACACAAUUCACAUGUACUGUAGAGAUUGGAGGCAUAAAGUACACGGGAGCUGCAACAAGAACUAAAAAAGAUGCUGAGAUAAGCGCUGGAAGAACCGCUCUUUUAGCGAUCCAGUCAGAAUCUAAGAAGCUUGCCAACUACAACACUGAGCUUACUCUACUCAACUUCAACACUCAGCUCACUGUACUUCCUUUUGAUAGGAAGUCAUUCGAGGCAGUGAUCCCAGUUAAAGAAACUAUCAAGACUCCAAAAUCCAGGAAGGCUCAUUUCAAGAGGAAAGCUCGGAAAGGAAAGCGCAAAGUAGCUAAGGAUGGUGAAGAUAUGCUCAUCCCUCCUCAACCUACCGAGCAUUGUCAAAAUGAUCAGUCAGAGAAAAUUGAGACAACGCUGAAUCUGGAACCUUCGCUGUGCAUGAAUGGGGGUAAGGAAGCAGCAUUUGGGAGUGUAGACACAGAAGCAAGCCAAGCAUAACUUGUAUCUCAAGAUGGGAUCUUUGUGAGUUUGUCAUAGGAACUAUUUGGUUAUGUAGCCAUUUUGUGAUUCCAAUCAUAGUGUUCACAGGUUGAAGAGAAGUAAUAAUUGGACGGAAAAACAAAAAAGAAGGAAAAAGAUAAUUAAUAACUUAAGAGUCUUAGACAUUGAUGUAAUACGAUUUGGUCGAUUGUUGUUGAGUCAUUCGAACAAUAGUGAUUUUUGUACGAAGUUAUAAAGAAACGUGAGGUUCA